AUGGGCUGCUUAGUUUCGAAGCCCGAGGAGGCCGAUAAGGAAGCCAUCCAGCGCAAUGCGCGCAUAGACCGGGGGAUCAAAAGCGACAAGAAGACGCUCGAUCGGACCAUCAAAAUCCUGCUAUUAGGAGCUGGAGAGUCUGGCAAGUCCACCAUUAUCAAGCAAAUGCGAAUUAUCCACAGCCGGGGCUUUCCCGAAGAAGAACGUCACCAAACCCGUGCAAUUAUCUACUCGAACAUUGUCAUUGCUUUCAAGGUCUUGUUGGAUAUCAUGAAUGCCGAGGAGAUCGAUUUCGAAAAUGAAGAAAAGAUCAAGCCCUUCGCGGACUUGUUAGAUAAAGCAGAACCAGACGUAGGGUCCGACGAAGCCUUUUCAGAUCUUGAAAUUCGCGACGCCAUGAGGAUCAUGUGGAAGGAUAAAGGUGUGCAACAGGCUGUUGCACGGGGACAUGAAUUCGCUCUUCAUGACAAUUUGCAUUAUUUCUACGAAUCUCUCGAUCGCAUCUUCACUCGUGGCUGGCUUCCUGACAACCAGGAUAUGCUGCAGGCUCGGCUUCGGACAACAGGUAUUACAGAAACUCUCUUUGAGCUUGGACAGAUGAACUUCCGCAUGAUGGAUGUUGGAGGACAGCGAUCAGAGCGAAAGAAAUGGAUCCACUGCUUUGAAGGUGUCCAGUGUCUGUUGUUCAUGGUCGCCUUAUCUGGAUAUGAUCAAUGUCUGGUUGAAGACCAGAAUGCCAAUCAAAUGCAUGAAGCUAUGAUGUUAUUCGAAUCACUAGUCAACGGCGAAUGGUUUAAACGCAAACCAAUCAUUCUUUUCCUCAACAAGAUCGAUCUUUUCAAAGGAAAACUUGCCAUCUCGCCUAUCUCCAAACAUUUCCCAGAUUAUGCCGGCUCUGAUACCGAUUAUGAUGCCGCAGCUCAGUACUUUGCAGACCGAUUCCGUGGCAUCAACCGGAUUCCUGAUCGCGAAAUCUAUAUCCAUUACACCAACGCUACUGAUACAACAUUACUUAAAGCGACUAUGGAUUCAGUACAAGACAUGAUCAUUCAGAAAAAUCUGCAUACCUUAAUACUAUAA